AUAUCACGAUAUUUUAUACCUUUAUCGCCUCUAAUUUGUCCAUUAGGAUUGAAAUCUCUCUUAUGUGCAUUUGUAUAAUGCAACAUAUCUUUAUAGACAAGUUUAUCUUUGCUCGAUAUUAGUUUCAAAUCAGGUUUUCUUCGAAGUAAAAGUUCUUUUAAACCAGGGGUUAAAUUGUAGCUUUUGUCGCCAACUUUAAUUAAAAUGACAUUAUCAUCAUUCACACUAUCUAUUUUAGAAAAUGAAACUAUUGAAUUACCCAUUAGUAAUUUUUUGUUUGCACUCCUUAUUCCAAAUGGUAUAUUUACCCCAUCAUAAAUAUCAUGGAUAUCACUGCCCUCUAAUGAUAUUUCUAAAUCAUCCAGUAAUUCUGUCUGGGGAGACUUUUUAACGAACUGUUUAGAAUUCAGUUCUGGUUCGCAGCAUUCUUCAAACUUUGUAGAUGAGCUAGUAUUAAUGUCAUCCAAUUCCAUUUCUUCAAAAUUAGAUCUGCAGCUGUAGUUUGAGUCAACUGGUCCUUUGUUUACAAUUUAGUUAUUUUGAGAAUCAUGUCGAGAUCACCAUGCUACAGUCCGGAUUUUAAUAUUAUGGAUCCUAACAGAACUUCGUCAUUGAAUAACGAUUCGGAGGGAAUAAAUUUACAAAACACGAUGGACGACAUCAAUGAUCCUAUAACUCAUCCUUUUAAUUUUGCCCAAGAUAGGGAGAGUUGGUAUGCUGAAGUAGCAGCAGCAGCACAAGAGGAAUAUCGUCUUGAAAAAGCAAAGAGACAAACAUUAAAGAAGAGGAAAGUUAAAUCAAAAUCUUUGAAAACUAAAUCUUUUAUCAUGCGUAAAGAAUCGGAUCGUGCGCAACGCGUAAUAAAAAUUAUAAUUUAUGACUUGGACGGUGGCAAUAUGGAUGAAAUAUCAUCUAAUCCUGAAGAUGCAAGUGUGAAUGUGCAGUAUUUAGUGACUAGUGAAUAUGAUGAUAUUAUGACUGAAACUGAAUAUUUAGUUGGUAAAAUUGUAAAGAAAUUAAGCAAAUAGAUGUGUAUGUUUAGUUGUAGAUAAAGAAUAAGACUUUUUGUUUAUUAGCUUGUAAAUAAUACUUUACAAUGUACAUUUUAAUUUGUAAUUAAAAUAAUAGCCCUAAGUUUAGUAUAGUAGUUCACUUUUUAGUAGUACAGAAAUAGUUUGUUAUUUAGUUUUAUUAAUAGUUUAUUUUUUAGUACUUAGUGACUGGUCCCUUUGUAUAUUUAUUGUGAA